CACGGAGUUGAACGGGAAUCCCUGUCUGCAAUCGGUACGCUUUUUGCUCACUCUAUUGUGAAGCAAUUGAUGACUGAUGGUAGCGCUUACGUUAUGACAUUUACGGAAUUGCUAUCACUCAAAAGUCAAGCGGUCUACGACGCCGUUGAGAAAGUUGGCAGCCUUGUGGCAAGGAUUGUCUUGGCGCCGUUGGAGGAGAUGUGUUUUGCUUAUUUCUCCAACACCGUCAAUCAGAGUUCUAAAGUGUUCAGCAGGAACACGGUGAUUCCAUACUCAUGGAAGGCGGUGUACCUCGCAAACAGUAACAGUUGCGUCACUAUCUAUGUAGAGCACACAUCUGAGACCACCUUCAUAAUUCAUCCAGAGAAUCGUCUGGCGAAUUUGGAACGUAGCCCACUUCGACUUGCGAUCUUUCCCUUGUGA